CGCCGCCACUGCCGGCCCCCUCACCGCUCGCUCCGCCGCCGCUGCCGCCGCCGCCAUGGACUCGGACGAAGGCUACAACUACGAGUUCGACGAGGACGAGGAGUGCAGCGAGGACAGCGGCGCUGAGGAGGACGACGACGAGCCCGACGACGACGACGAGCCCGACCUGGACCUGGGCGAAGUGGAGCUGGUCGAGCCCGGCCUGGGCGUGGGAGGCGAGCGCGACGGCCUGCUGGGCGGAGAGACCGGCGGCGGAGGCCUGGGGCCCGGCGGCGGAGGCCUGGGCGGCAGCGGCCUAGGCGGGCCCGGGCCCGGCGGGGGAGGAGGAGGCGGCGGCCUUGGCCACGACCAGGAGGAGGACUACCGCUACGAGGUCCUCACCGCCGAGCAGAUCCUGCAGCACAUGGUGGAGUGCAUCCGCGAGGUCAACGAGGUCAUCCAGAAUCCAGCAACUAUCACCAGGAUACUCCUUAGUCAUUUCAACUGGGAUAAAGAGAAGCUAAUGGAGAGGUACUUUGACGGCAACCUGGAGAAGCUGUUUGCGGAAUGUCAUGUAAUUAAUCCUAGUAAAAAAUCUCGGACACGUCAGAUGAACACCAGGUCAUCUGCACAGGACAUGCCUUGUCAAAUAUGCUAUCUGAAUUAUCCUAACUCGUAUUUCACUGGCUUAGAGUGUGGACACAAGUUUUGUAUGCAGUGCUGGAGUGAGUAUUUAACUACCAAAAUAAUGGAGGAAGGCAUGGGACAGACAAUUUCAUGCCCUGCUCAUGGCUGUGAUAUCUUAGUGGAUGACAAUACAGUUAUGCGCCUGAUCACAGACUCAAAAGUUAAAUUAAAGUACCAGCAUUUAAUAACUAAUAGUUUUGUAGAGUGCAAUCGACUGUUAAAAUGGUGUCCUGCCCCCGACUGCCACCAUGUUGUAAAAGUGCAGUAUCCUGACGCUAAGCCCGUUCGCUGUAAAUGCGGGCGUCAGUUCUGCUUUAACUGUGGUGAAAACUGGCAUGAUCCUGUUAAGUGCAAGUGGUUAAAGAAGUGGAUUAAGAAGUGUGAUGACGACAGUGAAACUUCUAACUGGAUUGCAGCAAACACAAAGGAAUGCCCCAAAUGCCAUGUGACCAUAGAGAAGGACGGAGGCUGUAAUCACAUGGUGUGUCGGAACCAGAAUUGUAAAGCAGAGUUCUGCUGGGUGUGUCUUGGCCCUUGGGAGCCACAUGGGUCUGCCUGGUACAACUGCAAUCGCUACAAUGAGGAUGAUGCAAAGGCAGCCAGGGAUGCACAAGAGAGAUCCAGAGCGGCCUUGCAGAGGUACCUCUUCUACUGCAACCGUUACAUGAACCACAUGCAGAGCCUGCGUUUCGAGCACAAGCUCUACACCCAAGUGAAGCAGAAGAUGGAGGAGAUGCAGCAGCACAACAUGUCGUGGAUCGAGGUCCAGUUCCUGAAGAAAGCGGUCGACGUCCUCUGCCAGUGCCGUUCCACACUCAUGUACACAUACGUCUUUGCCUUCUACCUCAAAAAGAAUAAUCAGUCCAUUAUCUUCGAGAAUAAUCAAGCCGAUUUGGAAAACGCCACCGAGGUCCUUUCUGGGUAUCUGGAACGAGAUAUAUCCCAAGAUUCACUGCAAGACAUAAAGCAGAAAGUACAAGAUAAGUACAGAUACUGUGAGAGCCGACGAAGGGUUUUGUUGCAGCACGUGCAUGAAGGCUACGAGAAGGACCUGUGGGAGUAUACUGAGGACUGAGGCCGGCCUGCAUAAAACAAAAACACGAAACAAAAAAAAAAACCCACCCGAACUCUGAAAACCUUUGACCAUCUAGAGUGCUCAUGCCAUUAAAAAAAAAAAAAGCAAAAACACACACAUACAGAAAAGGGCAAGUACGCCUAUUACACCCACUGGUCCAUAGUACCGGAAUUCUGUUUUUGUUCAUGGAGAGAGAAAAAAAAAGAUAUAAGUAAAUUAUAUUGUAAUAAAAAAGAUAGAUAAACCAUUGUACAACAGUAUUCUAGGUGGCCAGUUAAGUGUCAGAGACGCACUAAAAAAAAAGCAAAACGAAACCCUCCAACUUUAACUUGUAACGUAGCUUCAUUCUCCGAGCUGACUUCUCUCUCCCCCUCCCACCUUUCUCCUUACGCGUAUGACAGAUGAGAUUUAAAACGAAAACAAAAAAACUGUUUCUCGGCAACACUCCUUUUCAUGUCCGACCAGCCAUUUUGAUGUACUUUGGUAUGGGAUUUCCACCGCCACUCCCUUCCUUCCCUGCCCUCUUCCCCCCUCCCCCAACACAUGUACCAGUUCAUGGGUGAAUGUUGUUUGGCUUAUUGUAAAGAGGAUUUGGGGGGUGGGGGUGGGGAGGAGGGGGCGAGGGGCAUAAAAGCAAAAGGGGAUCUUUGUAUAUGACUUUUAAAAAAAAACAAAGAGGACAACACAGUAUUUUUCAAAAUUGUAAAUAGCGCAUAUUGCAUGGGCAAAAGAGCAGGCGUGGCACGUGUUUGCAUAAUGUUUAAUUACAAAAAAAAAUAUUUAUUCUUUAAAAAUCUUCAAGAUUAUGUCUAUUUGCUGUGCAUUUUUCUUUCUUUUUUUCCAGUUUGCUUUUUACCCCCGGGGAUCGGGAUGAGGAGCAGGGUGUGCUGCUACCACGACUCUUCCUUUCUAUUUCUCAAGAAACACAAAAAAAAUGUCCUUGAAACUCUCUGUUUCUUCUCUUGUUUCCCCUUCCGCAGCUCCUUUGCGACUGUCCUGUGGUCCGGGUGUGUUCCUUUGCUGGCAACGGACACCGUCCCACUCACCCUACCAGCUUCUCGCGUACAGUGAUUCUCUCCCCCUCUUCUCCUCCUCCUCCCCCUCAGUGUGUUUCUGUUUGGAAAUGAAAGUGUUGUGAUCCUGGCUGCUUUUGUCUCUUUGCUCAGAGUACCCACCCCUCUCCCCCCCCCUACCUUCCCUGGAUCAUCCUAGCUGUUUCCACGCACGCGAGGCAUCCACCCCACCCCACCCCACUGGGCUCUACCAUAAGACAUGUUUAGGAAUUUUUCUCUGUGGUCUUGAACCAGUCACACAACAGCAGAAACAAAGGUGGAGUUGCCAUGGGGGUAGUGUUUUCUGGAGCUCGGAUGCUGGGGGCGGGGGGUGGGAAACGUCUGAUAGCAGUGAACGUUUCCAUCUCAUUAUGAAGGACUUGCAGUCCUGAAGUUUGCUUGGGGAAUUUAUUCCCAUUGGAGAGUGGAGUGAGCACAUUUCAGCUUCCCGGAGUACCUUAACAGUCUUUCUUUUAAAACAAAAAGCUACGUUAAAGCACCAGGCGGAGGCAGGUAAUCACCUUCUUCAUAGGACCGUCCUCCUCGUGGCUUAUUUCCCACCACGGCAGUGUUAGCUUCAAAAGAGUAAGAGAGAAUCCAUCUACAAAAGCCAUCGAUCUCCAGAAAGGGGAGAUCCAAUUGCCCAGCCAGUUUUCCAAAGGGCUACUCAAGCUGGCCUUGCAACUAGAGACUGUGGCCAAGUAUUCAAAGACGUGUUUUGACAACUUCCAUGCACUUGGGGAGGGAUGCACUGGACUUGUGUUUCUUGAACGGGAGUCCCCUUCUCUCUUCUCCCCGCCCCCUACCCCCCCCCCCCAAUCCAAUCUGGCAGAGGCUUAAAACUCAAACCGAGUUGCAGAAAGCCUGAGGUGUGUCCGAAUCCUUUUGGAAAGUCAAAACAUCCCACCGAGAGUAGGGUUGUGAUCAGAGGCUGCCCAGCACCACAAACAGAAGAGGGGCUUUGUGUUGUCCCCCUCCCUUGCUUGCGAUAGGGCUUAUUUGUUUGCUCUUGGCUUGCCUCUGGUUUCCAAGAUGCCAAACGAGCACAUAACACCCCCUCCCCCUCCCAAGUUUUGUGGCAAGAGCGUUCAGUGCUCCCUUAGUUAAGGCUGUACCAGAAGAAAGCGUGGCAGCCUUCAUCCGAGGCCGUGAAUCUUCAAAGGAUUCUGCUCCGCUGGGCACGUGGACACCCGCCACUUGGAGAGUUCUCCUGUGAGUCUUCUGCCAUGCUCUUCCCCAUGCCUUUUGCACGUUGCCAUUCAAGAUUGAACGCUUCCAGUCUGGUAUUUUUCAGCAUACUAUUUAUAAGACUCCAUCAUCUUCUUGAACUGGUUUGAUGGAACAGGUGGCCGUGUUGUGUGGGUGCGUGAAUUGGAUGAAUGUUUUCAUGCUUUUCAGCAUUUUUCUCCCCACCAUUUUUUUUCUUGUUUCCAAAUACCUUGCUCUUGCCAUUCUUCUCCCGCCCCCUUCCCCCCAACUAAAAAAGACCCAGAACUUUAUGUCAAUAUGCUGUUUUAUCUUCUGCUCCUGAAGAUCAUUACCAUCUAAAUUUUGGUAAAGCUUUUUCUAAAAUCCCAGGGCUUUUGGAGUUAGUUGCUUAACUGGGAGCCCGUCAGUCUUCUCUGUCUUUUCCGAGCAGGGGCCCCUCUUUUCGAAAGCAAAAUAACUUAGCAAAUGAAGAUGCAACUUGAGCUUUUUUUCUUUUUUGGUUGGUGCAAUAUGCUAAAUGAUGGUUUGUGUUGACUUUUAUCAUGGGCUUCUUGGAAAAGAAAUAGUCUCUAGCCACACAACAGGAGAGGGGAGCUUGAUCACCGGUCUGUUUAGCAACUCCCCCUUCCCCUUUAAUUCACUUGCAGCUGUUUUGGGUUCUUUUUUGUAGUGUAUGUAUAAGACAGUCUUAAUUUUCUUCUGUUCCAGAACCAUUUAACCCUGAAAUGUUUUUAGUGCAACUGCUGUAUUAGGAAAUCAACGUUUUGCGUGAGAUGAGAGCGAUGUUCUUGGGUUGGGGGCGGGGGACUUUUUCCAUGUAUGGAAUCCUAUUAUCCAGCACUUGGGGGGAUAGUAAGACAAUCGGGACAGGGCAGACUGACCAGAAGGCUCAUGAUCGUCUUAUAUAUAUAUAUUUUUUCCAUCUAGAGAGCACCUCGUGCUAUGGGAAUAACUGUUCUUAGACUUCAUUGUAACUGCUGGACUGUUCCGUGUUAAGGCUAAACAGAGGGAGAGAAAGCGUUCCUAAUUCUAAUAAACUUUUAUUUUGUUAUUUCAUUA